AUGGAAUAUCGAAAAUUGAUGAUGGAAAAAUUUAAAAAAAUGAAGUUACGUCAAAAACGUACUGCAACAAAUGAUAGAACGGAAUCUCAACCGGAUAAAAUAAAAAGUAAACGAGAAAGCCGUAAAGUAAAAGAUGAUGAUGAGAAGUCAAGUAAAGAUAUAAAGAGUGAGUUUUUUAACACAUUUUCAUUGAGAAGUAAACGUGAAAAGAAACGGAAGAAAAGAGAAAGAGCAAGCGAAGGUAAAACUAAACGAGAGAAAAAGAGAAGUAUGGAAAAGAAAUCAGUGGAAAUAUUUGGUAUUGGUGUUGAUGGAAUCUUAAAACAAUUUCAAACUGAUCUAAAAACUUAUAUUCCACCAAAUAUAUCACAUAUAGCAUUCGAUAAAAAUAUGAACAAAAAUCGUUACAAAGAUGUUUUAUGCAUUGAUGAGACACGCGUUGUAUUGCAAGUGAGAGAAGCUGACUACAUUCAUGCAAAUUAUGUUAGAGGCGAUCCAUUCCUCAAUUCUUUUAUUUGCACUCAGGCACCAUUGCAAAUAACAGUAAAUGAUUUUUGGAUUAUGAUAUUGCAAGAAAAAGUAAGUAAUAUUAUUAUGCUAUGUAAUAUUAUUGAAGAAGGGAAAAAUAAAUGUUUCCAAUAUUGGCCACAAGAUGCUGGCACAUCGCUUACAUUUGGAGAUGUACAAGUGACAUGUGCUGAAGUUGAUGAUAACAAAGAUACAACAUUUAUAUUAUCAAUAUUACAAGUUGAAAAUACAGAUACUCGUUUAAUUAUCAAGCAUAUACGGUGGAAAGAUUGGCCUGAUAAAGGUGUACCAUCAAGUACAUUAGCUCCAUUUCGGAUAUUGAAAAUUGUACGACAAUCAUUGCAUCGUGCUACAGUUGUUCAUUGUUCAGCAGGUAUCGGUCGUACCGGUUGCAUUGUUGCUAUUGAAAUGGCCCUACAACAAAUUCUAUCCAAAAAACCGUUAAUUCUUGUCGAUAUAGUUAAAAGAUUAAGAUCAAUGCGCAUGAGUGCCGUUCAAACUGAUGAACAGCUUGUAUAUGUGGUACGAUGUUUGAUUGCAUAUGCGGAAGCUUGUGGAUUAUUCAAUUCAAAACCUGAAUUGCAAGAGAAAGCUGACAAAUUCUCCGAUGACUAUAUUGCUAUGUUAGCAGCGAAAAAAGCUGCAAAGGAGCGUAAGGUUGUAACACCGUCGGAAGCUGAAGGGAAAAAAGAAUCACCACAACAAUCAAUAAAGGAAGCCUUAAAAUAUGUCACACCAAUCAAUAAACCGGAAACAGCAAUGCUAGAACAAAUGAAGCCACAACCGAUACAAAUGUCUGAGAAAGAGAAGCAAGUACAGAAAGUAGGACAACCGCUAUUACCUUCCCCUAUUCCGGUUCCGCAGCUAGAGUUACCAACUCAAACGGUACUAUCAUCUUUUCCUGCUCCGCCUAAGCAGUUUGAGAAACUAGCCCAACCAGUAUCACCUUUUAUUGCGCCGGUUCAACAACCGCCGAAACAAUUCCAACCACAAUUAUCACCUUUUGUUGCGCCCGUUCAACAACCGCCGAAACAAUUCCAACCACAAUCAUCACCUUUUGAUGCGCCGGUUCAGCAACCGCCGAAACAAUUUCAACCACAAUCAUCACCUUUAGAUGCGCCGGUUCAACAACCGCCGAAACAAUUCCAACCACAAUCAUCACCUCUUGUUACUAUGAUUCAGGAACCAUAUAAACAAAUCCAACCACUACCACCACCCUCCAUUACUACGGUUCAGCAACCGCAGAAACAAUUCCAACCACAAUCAUCACCCCUUGUUACAAUGAUUCAGGAACCAUAUAAACAAAUCCAACCACUACCACCACCUUCCAUUGCUACGGUUCAGCAACCGCAGAAACAAUUCCAACCGGAAACAGCGGCUUCUCAUGUUCCGAUCCAGAAAGCAGUAGCUUCCACUGUUUCAAUUCAACAAUUGCAGAAAAGCACACCAAAAACCGAGCAGUUAAUUGCGCCGUUGGAGUCGAAGCCGGCACAAAUUAUGAAAUUGAAACCGGUCCAAAUGCCAUUUUCGUCAAACGAACCAAGCAAAACACGGAAUGUUUAG